AUGUCCAAUACUCGCUUCAACUCUCCGCUGGGAUACGAGCGCAAAAGGCCUCUUACGAGCCUCUCACUAUCUGAGGAACCCUCCACGUCGUCCAGCGGAUUCUUCAGGCGUAGCCGUUCGAUGCAUGUAGCCGCCAAUGACCCGGCGCCACGAAGUCCAUCGCCUCCAGCAUCCUCCUACUUCCCUUUGUUGUCGGCUGAUGGCUCAGCCAGACUCAGGCCGACGCCCGAUGCAGACUCGCACUUUGCUUACAGUACGACUCUUAGAAGACACCACAACGACUCGCUGGCGACCGUUGAGGCGGAGGCGAAUAGCAUAUGGCAGAGGGUCGUGGCAUUCAUAACAGGAAGCGCGAAUUCGGCGGAGGCAGGCAGGGCCAGUCCCCCAAUAGCGCAGAAAGAAGCGGUGAAGGACACGGUGUCGGCUAGGUUCGCGCAUUGCUCAGUAGAGGACACGAUCGCACACUAUCGAACAUCGGCCUCAAGCGGUCUACUCCACCAGGAUAUUCCGAGCUUGCUCGAACGGCACGGUUACAAUGAAUUCUCAGUCACGACACCAGAGCCAUUGCUCCUGAAAUUUGCAAAGACUAUAUACGAGAGCCCGUUGAUACUCCUGCUGUGCGGGAGUGCUGGUAUCAGCGCGGUCAUGGGAAAUGUAGACGAUGCCGUGAGUAUAACAAUUGCUGUUCUCAUCGUUCUCACCGUCGGGUUUGUGCAAGAACGACGGUCCGAGAAGUCUUUGGAGGCACUAAACAAGCUUGUUCCGCACCAUUGCCACGUCGUUCGUGAAUCGCAGUCAUUGCACAUCCUCGCCAACGAACUCGUACCUGGAGAUGUCGUUACUUUUUCCACAGGUGAUCGCGUACCCGCUGACUUACGUAUCAUCUCCUCUGUGGACUUGGAGAUAGACGAGAGCAGUUUGACGGGCGAGACAGAUUCGCGGAAGAAGGGGAUUGAUACUUGCGCGUUCGUCACAUCCAUGGGAGGCGGUGUGGGAGAGCCAGUGUCAUUAGCUGAGAGGACCUGCAUCGCGUAUAUGGGUACUCUCGUUCGAAAUGGACGAGGCACGGGUGUAGUCAUCGCUACCGGCGCGGAGACCGAGUUCGGAGUGAUUUUCACCAUGAUGCAGGAUGUCGAGGAGAAGCGGACGCCAUUGCAGUUGAGCAUGGACGAGCUGGCUAAGAAGUUGUCGAUGAUCUCUUUUGGCGUUAUUGGUGUGAUUUGUAUAAUUGGCGUCUUGCAAAGUCGGUCUUGGUUGGAAAUGUUCACGAUUGGAGUCUCGUUGGCAGUCGCGGCUAUCCCAGAAGGACUUCCCAUUGUUACGACCGUUACAUUGGCCCUGGGCGUGCUCAGAAUGUCGAGGCGCAAGGCCAUUGUGAAGAAGCUGCACUCAGUUGAAGCCCUCGGAUCGGUCUCUGUUAUAUGUUCCGACAAAACGGGUACUCUGACGAAGAACGAGCAGACAGUUACAGAACUUUACGCUGUUGAUGAAACAGUUUAUAUCGACCCUGCUACUGGCGUCCCGACCUACCCCUCGACAUCUACUUCGUCUGCAUCUCGACUCUCACCUGCUAUAAAGAGGGCGAUCGACAUCGGCGUUCUGUGCAAUAACGCCAGCUUGGUGAAGAACGAAAACGGAAUCUUUGUUGGACAGAGUACUGAUGUUGCGUUGCUGAAUGUGCUGGAUGUAUUUGGUUUACCGGAUAAGCGCACCGCAUUCAAACGACUUGGCGAGAAACCGUUUAAUUCCGAGAACAAAUACAUGGCGGUCUCUGGGAUCCUCGCCGAUUCCGCGAACCUCAACGCUCCCAUUGCCAGAGAGUUGUAUUAUAUCAAGGGAUCUAUUGACGCGAUUUUGGAUAAGUGCAAGUUCUACUAUGUUUCAGAGGAUUCUACCCCUGGUCUCGACUCGAACACCAAACAGGCGAUUUUGACCAAGGCCCACUCUACGGCUUCCAGGGGACUACGUGUGAUCGCCAUGGCGUACGGCUUCGGAAGCGUCGAUUCCCCUUCGUCUUCCUCUCCUUCAUCCAGAACGGCAUCCCCUGCUCCUUCUCCCUCCCCUUAUGGAGACAAAGAGAAAUCGAAUCUCGUCUUUGUAGGGUUCCAAGCCAUGUACGACCCUCCGCGCAAAGGUGUAGCCGACUCGAUCGCUCUUUUACAGAAUGGUGGCGUCCAGGUCGUAAUGAUAACCGGUGAUGCGGAGCAAACUGCACUAUCUAUCGCUCGUCAGCUUGGCUUGAAGUUGGGGCGUGGCGCAGGGGGACAUCUACGUGGAGGCAGCGUUAGCUCAGUGAGGAUGGAGCCCUUGCAAGGCACGGCUGCAGGUGGAGUUGAUGGUAUUGGAGCCCGUCCCAACUAUUGUUUAACCGGGAAGGACAUCGACCAAAUGACUAAGGCUCAACUGCGGGAACGUGUUGCAAGCGUUAGCGUGUUCGCCCGGACCACACCGCGUCACAAAAUGGCUAUCGUGGAGGCUUUCCAGAGCCGAGGGGAUAUCGUGGCUAUGACUGGUGAUGGAGUGAAUGAUGCUCCGGCACUCAAGAUGGCAGAUAUUGGCGUCUCAAUGGGUGUCAGUGGGACGGACGUGGCAAAGGAAGCUGCUGACGUGAUUCUUGUCGACGAUAACUUCAGCACAAUCUUGCCGGCCGUCGAAGAAGGCAAAUCAAUCUUCCAUAACAUCCAGAAUUUCCUAUCUUUCCAGCUGAGCACGGCUGCGGCUGCUCUUACGUUGAUCACCGUUAGCACUAUGCUUCAUCUGGACAAUCCGCUGAACGCUAUGCAAAUACUGUUUAUUAAUAUUCUUAUGGACGGUCCUCCCAGCCAGUCUCUCGGUGUCGAUCCCGUUGAUCCAGCUAUCAUGCGGCGUCCACCUCGGAAGAAGGACGCCCCCGUCAUUACCAAAAAUCUACUGUAUCGCGUUUUAUUUAGCGCGUCGAUGAUUGUGAUGGGAACAAUGUUUGUCUACAUCUACGCCCUUUCUGAUGAUGAUGAUGUGUCGAGACGAGAGCAGACAAUGACGUUUACGUGCUUCGUAUUCCUUGACCUUGUGUCCGCUAUACAAAAUCGGGGGCUGUCGUGCGGUCUUCAGCAAAACAAAAUGCUCCUAACGACCGUCUCGAUAUCAUUCUUGUCCCAGCUUGCCCUGAUUUACGUGCCGUUCCUUCAGGCCGUAUUCCAGACGGCUAGUCUGGGAUGGAGGGAUCUAGGGGUGCUUAUUGCCCUUGCGGGUGCCUCGGCAACGCUCCACGAGGUUCGGCGGAGGAUGGAACGGUCGUGGGACGCAACCGAGGGCGGAUGGCGAGGGGAAGUUGAGGAGAGGGCCUAG